AAUUAAUUCCAAACAAAAAUUAAUUAUCUCUCAUACUUUUUUGUGUAAACUUAUUUUACACUUUGAACAGCUAUUUCUGCUCCUAUUUGGAGCAUGAUUUUCAGUUCCAGAAAAUUUUCAUCAGCCCAAGAAUACAGGUGACUUUGGUAAGGUCUAGAGCUUUCGAGUUGAUAAAUUUUCGGAAAUUUCAGGAUAGGCCUAAAAACAGAGGAAACUCUGUCCGAUUUUCUGUAGAUUUCUGGUUAAGGCUUGCUUUGGAACUCUUCUCCUUAGCGCCGGUCACAAUUCUAAAUUGGGUCGUGAAAUAGUAUCAGAUAAAUACAUUGGUUGUAUAAGUGUGUAAUUCUGAUGGGGCAUCAUGAGACGAAUUCGUCCAGUAGUAGGGACAGGUCUCCUUCUCAACAGAGGCACAGACAUCGGCGUAAGGAGAGAGAUUUGGAUAGAGAAUUGUCAUAUGAAAAAAGAGAACGAAGGUCAGGAAGAGAUGUAAUUGAGCAUAGGUCUCCUAGGCCAAGAAAUGAUUACUCUUUUUCGGGUUCAGGUCAUCAAAGAAUGGCACAUCAGAGACCCAGUUCAAAUUUUAGUGUUGACACAGAAAGAAAAAAUGAGGCGUUCGACCCAACUGAUUCUGAAAACCGGAAGGAUAGAGAUGUUAGCAUGGAUAAAACGAAGGCAGAUGAACAGGACCUGGAAGCUAAAAAGGAGCAAAUGACAUUGUUAGAGAUGUCCGGAGAUCUUACUACAGAACCUAAACAACUCACAGCAGAGGGAAGAAAGGAGGAAACCAACGUGUCACUGGAAUAUAGUAGUGACAUGAAGAAGGCAAGACUCCAUUCAACACUGGUUGCUCUCCUCAACGAUCCUGUGCUUGCUGAUAUACCAAAAAACCCAACUCUGACGGAUGUGGACACCCUUAUCAGCUUGGAACUUGGGAGUGCCAUGCGUAUCUCUGUCCUCAAAUUGGAUGGCAGCUCCUUUGAUGUGACAGUGAUGAAUUCGGCAACAGUUAAAGACUUGAAACAAGCUGUUCGGAAAAGGAUUGAUGACACCGAGCAAUCUAAGAUGGGCCAUCGGCACAUCUCUUGGAGGCAUGUCUGGUCAAAUUUUUGCCUUCUAUUCCACAAUGAGAAGUUACUAGAUGAUACUGCUAAACUUCAGGACUACAGCAUUAGGAACAAUGCUCAGGUGCAAUUCGUUCCCUAUGUCAUCUCGAGGGCCUUUAAGAGGCAUUCAAAGAGGAGAAAGCACAGAUUCUUUCAUGGACUAAGCAAAAAGGGGCGCACAACAGAUUGAAUCAGGGAUUAGACUGCUGCUAGCUCGUGCUCGUAAUAGCAAAUGUUGUUGUAAAGUCUAGGAGCCUUUCGCUUUCCCUGAUCAUAUUAUGUUGAAAAUACUCAGCUAACUAUCUUCGAGAUGAGCUUAAUGCAGUGAAAAUGGCCAACAUAUAUUUAUAUAGCCGAUCUCUACUCGUUGGAAUUGAGGUGUAGUAGUUGUCAUUGUUCAACUGUCUAGUAGGAGAACUACCCAAAAAAAGGUUUGGAAGUUCAUCUAACACUUGAACUGGAUAUAUGUACUAAUCAUUAGAUCUAAAUAUACAAUCACAAAAGGGAAGGUUUGGCUAUUAAUCUACGCUCAUUGAUGAGACGA